AUGGCAUCUCUCAAUACAUCCACGAAUGGCCCUUCUAUUAAAUCCUCAUAUACUGGAGUGGUCAAUUCUUCUGCGCCUUCGGGAACUGCGGCCUCCAGCCCGACUUAUGGACAGUGGGCUUUGUUCUCAGUAUCAGCUCCUCUUGUAAAUGCUUUUCAACAGGAUAGUGGUGGAAAGGAGAGUGUGCUAAAGGUGCAAAGUACUGGAGAGGGAGAACUUAUCGACUUGGUCGAGGAUUUUUCUGAAGGACGAGUUCAAUUCGCAUUUGUUAAAGUCAAGGAUCCAAAUACCACACUUCCGAAAUACGUACUUAUUGGAUGGUGCGGUGAAGGUGUUCCCGAACGGACAAAGGGCUAUUUCACAAGCCACCUUGCAGCAGUAUCCAAGAUUCUUCACGGUUAUCAUGUUCAAAUAACUGCUCGAUCAGACUCCGACUUGGCCCCAGAAAGCAUUGUUAAAAAAGUAGCAGAUGCAUCGGGCGCGAAAUAUUCCUCGAGCUCAGCACCGUCGCCUUCCUCUGGCCCUCCUCCUCCAGCAGCUUCUAAACCAGUAUUUACUCCUACACGGUCGGGUGGUGUGUCGGGUUUCAACCCAUUAGGAGGAUCGAGGUCAAGGACAAGUCAGAAUGCCAACGUAGAUGGGGAUGGAUGGGGCGCAGAUGCGCCACAAAUUACCAGAACGCAACUUGAAAAAGUCCAGCCCGCAUACAAACCCACAAAAGUUGAUAUGGCAGAGUUGACAAAACAGCCAACCGCCUCGCGAUCUAACGAUGGUAGUGGGGCAGAUAGUGGGGCCGCUUCAGAUGUUGUCAGAGGAGGCUAUCAACCAAUCGGCAAAGUAGAUAUUGCAGCACUACGUGCUCAAGCCAAGAGCGUUGGUGAUGACAGACCAUCGACAAUCAAGGGAGCAUACGAGCCAGUCGGUAAAGUGGAUAUCGCAGCGAUCAGAGCUAAGGCACAAAAGCCUUCAGAAGAGGGGCCAAGGGAAGUUUCUCCCGCUGCCACUGGUUCAUCAGCCGCAGGCAGCGACGAACCAUCCAAGUCCCUUGCGGAUAGGUCUGCGGCUUUUGCUCAAUCAGAGCGCCUUACGACCCUUCCAAAACCCAAGGUCGCGAAUAGGUUUGGUUCCACCACCAAUAACUUCACCGGAACGAAAGCCCCAACUCCAGGAAGUUUUGGAAUACAGUCUCCAGCAGCUCCAGCAGCAUCCGCUCCCAUUGGAGCAGCAAGUCGGACAUUUGCUGACGAAGGCGGCAAGACUCCUGCUCAAAUUUGGGCAGAGAAGAAAGCUAGACAAAGAGGUCUUAGCGGUGCUGGCGAUGCGCCUCCCCAAGGUGUAGCAUCGCCUAUUGUUAGUCAAACAAGUGGAGGAGGGCAAUGGAAGAGUGGAUAUACUGGCAAAUCAUGGGCUCCUGUGGCCAUCAACCCCACCGGACAAUCCGCUACAGGCAGUAUUGGUCAACAGAGAACCGGUGAAGCAGAACCAGAGCAAGAAGCUCCAGCAUCUCCCGCCGGCGGCAUCAAUGCUAUCAGGGAUCGGUUCAAGGGAGGGCAAGCUCCAAUGGGCGCACCGACAAUUCCCCGAUCAACUACCGGAGACCAAGAUCAAACUCCACCACCUCCACCUAUCAACGCCUCCAGCAGGCCUGGUGCAGUCCCAAUGCCUGGCCUUCCAACACGCCCUCUACCUGUCGAGGAUGAGGAGGAACAGACCAGACCAAAUAUUCCCGCACCUCCUCCCGUUCCCCGCAGCCCUACACCAGAAUCAGAAGAGGAACCAGAACGUGAGUCAUCUCCCGUUCGUAUUGCUAUGCCAGUAGCACGUGGAAGAGAGCCCGAAGAAAUGGAAGCACCAAAGGAACUCCAUGAUCAUCCAGCCCUUGAGCGAGCCAUUCAACAUGUUCCCCAUGAGGAAGACCUCACCGAGGAACCCGCUGGACAUGAUCCAGCCCGUGGUGCUGGGGCAGCUGUGGCCGCUGAAACAUUCGGACAUAAUGCCCCUGCAUUCAACGAAGGCUCUACCGUCAGCGGUAAACGCGCAUUGAUACAAUACGACUAUGAGAAGGCAGAAGAUAAUGAGUUGGAAUUGAUCGAAGGCGAGUACGUCACCAACAUCGAAAUGGUCGAUGAUGAUUGGUGGAUGGGCACCAAUGCCAAGGGUGAAAGUGGUCUCUUCCCAAGCAACUAUGUUGAGCUCGUAGAGGGUGAAGAAGAAUCUGCUCCAGCCCCAGUCCCAACUUAUCACAUUGAGGAGCCGGAACCACCUGCUCGUGCUCCAGCUCCGACUGCUGCAUCUGCUCAUCCUGCUGGUCCUACCGCUACUACGCAGUAUGACUAUGAGGCUACUGAGGAUAAUGAACUGGGUUUCCCUGAAGGUGCUACGGUUACUGAUUUGGAGUUCCCAGAUGAUGAUUGGUGGUUCGGUCAUUACAACGGACAUUCCGGUCUCUUCCCAGCAAACUAUGUAGAGCUUGACCAGUAG